AUGUCACGACACGUUGAUGAUAUAAAAACUAUGCUUUUUGAUGAGCCAGAUUUUGAUAGUGAUGAAGAAAUUAAAAGUAAAUCUGCUCGACGAAAAGAAAGAAAAAAAUUCAAAAAAGAAGUUGAAGAAAAAGAAAAAUCAUCUGUGGAAACAAUUGUCUUUCGAGAUCCAGCCAAGAGAAAGAAAAAAACCAAUAAAUCUGCAGCUUCAGCAUCAUUAUCUGAACAACAAGAACAAGAUAAUGUUGAAUUUGAUCUUGAAAAAGCUCGUUUUGAUGUACAUAAAUUUGGUAUUAAAGGUUUUGAAAAGAGUAAAUAUGAAGAUGCUCGUGUUGCAUUAGCUGUUAGUUUAGGUGCUAAGCCACCUAAAGGAAAAUUUAUAAAUUAUCGUGAAUUACUUGAACAAAAUCGAGCAAAAAAAAUUAAAGAAAAAGAAGACGAAGAAAAUGCACGGUUACUUGGUGAUAUAUUUCAUAAGAAUCCAAAUAAUAAAGAUAAAUCUUCUCAACGACCAAAACGAAGACGUAUUGGUGAAGGCGAUGUUGGUUCAAUGCGUUUUUCAUCGGUUGGAAGAUUUAAAGGAGGAGUUUUGAAAUUAACUGAUAAAGAUAUAUCCAAAGUUAAAAAAUCUGGAUCAUCUCAUAAUAAAAAACGAUUAGGAAAAAAAUAA